CCUCAAGGGACAUCACCCCAGGGCAUACAAUGGGGUUCAAGACUGCCAGCUUGGUGGUGCUGUGGCUGGCAUUGGCUCAAUCAAGUGCCUUUACUGUAAAAUCAGGACGGUUACGCAACCAUGGUCACUACGUCUGCAGUACAUGGGGAAACUCUCACUUCAAGACAUUUGAUGGGGACUAUUACCAAUUUCAGGGGAAAUGCAGCUACAACUUGGCUUCAGACUGUCGGGACGCAUAUAAGGAAUUUUCAGUGCAUGUCCAUCGGUCAUCUGACAGUGAUCACCCAUUCAUAAACAAGCUCACCGUUACUAUCAAAGAUGUCGUCAUUCUACUGCAAAAAGCUUUUGUAGUGGUGAAUGGGGAUGCUGUUAAGACACCAUACUACAGUUUUGGGAUCCUCAUUCAGAAAACUGAUACAUACUUUAAGUUGUAUACGAAGACAGGUUUAACCCUCAUGUGGAACAAAGAAGAUGCAGUCAUGGUGGAGCUUGAUCCAAAGUAUAACAACCAUACCUGUGGACUGUGCGGUGACUACAAUGGCAUACCUGCUUAUAAUGAAUUUAUUGAUAAUGACAUGUUUUACAAUGCUGUACAGUUUGGAAACAUGCAGAAAAUUCACGACCCUAGUGUUAUCUGUACAGAUGUAGAUUAUACUCAGCAAAUGGACACAUCCCAUUGUUCCCAAUAUCGCUCGGUGUGUGAAAAACACUUGGGACAUUCUGCAUUUUCCAGCUGUCAAGAUCUACUCAAUGUGGAAGCUUACAUUAAUGCCUGUGUGCUGGACAUGUGCUCCUGUAGCCAAUCCCAGGAAUCAUUCUGCCUGUGUAGUACAAUCAGUGAAUAUUCCAGGCAGUGUUCCCAUGCUGGAGGUCGCCCAGAAACCUGGAGGACUGACAGCUUCUGUCCAAAACAAUGUCCUGCCAAUAUGAUUUAUCAUGAGAGCGCCUCCCCCUGCAAGAAUUCCUGCUCCCACCUAGAGAUACACAGCUUGUGUGAGGAGCACUAUAUGGAUGGCUGCUUCUGCCCUGAAGGCACUGUACAGGAUGACUACACUGAUAAAGGAUGUAUUAAAGUUAGUGAAUGUCACUGUAAACACAGAGGGACUCUGUAUGCUCCAGGCGAAAAAAUGCAGCAUGAGUGUGAUGAAUGCCACUGUAUAUCCGGAAGAUGGAGCUGCACAGACCAUGCAUGCCCUGGAUCUUGCUCUAUUGAAGGAGGAGCCCAUAUCGCCACCUUUGAUGGGAAGUCCUAUACCUUCCAUGGUGACUGCUACUAUGUGCUGUCCAAGGGUUAUAGAAAUGAAUCCCAUGUGAUCUUGGGGGAAAUGACUGCUUGCAGUUCCUUGGCGAGAGAGACCUGUCUCAAGUCCAUUAUACUCCUAACAGAUAACCUGAAAAAUGUGGUGACUUUCAAGGCCGAUGGCACAGUUCUAUUGAAUGAACUGACAGUAACACUUCCUCAUGUCACAGCCAGUUUCUCCAUCAUGCAGCCCUCUGGUCCUUACAUCAUCGUACAAGCUGCCUUUGGCCUUCAGAUGCAGAUUCAGCUGCAACCCAUGAUGCAGCUUUACAUCACUGUGCAGAAAUCUGCCAGGGGGCGACUUCAAGGUCUUUGUGGAAACUUUAAUUCAAAGGAGGGAGAUGAUUUUAAAACAUCGGGUGGUCUAGUAGAAGCCACAGCAUCUGCCUUUGCCAACACAUGGAAAGCCCAACCCAACUGCCAUGAUGUGUCAGACCUGAUGGAUGAUCCCUGCAGCCUCAGCAUUGAGAGCGGACACUACGCAGAACAUUGGUGCUCUAAAAUAGAAAAAGAGGAGUCUCCUUUUGCUAAAUGCCAUUUAGCAGUAGACCCAGCUGGGUAUAAAAAGAGAUGUCUUUAUGAUACUUGUAACUGUAAAGACAGCGAGAAGUGUAUGUGUGCUGCAAUCUCCUCCUAUGUCAGGGCCUGCGCUGCUAAAGGGAUCAUUUUGUGGGGCUGGAGGAAUGGAAUAUGUGACAAGGACAUCUCUUCUUGCCCAUCUACCCAAAUCUAUCUAUAUAACCUGACCACAUGCCAGCCAACCUGCCGUUCCCUCGGAGAAGGUGACAAAGCCUGUGCCAGUGGGUUUACUGCAGUUGAUGGCUGCGGGUGUCCAGAUGGAGAGUUUCUGAAUGAGAAGAGCCAGUGUGUACCCGUAUCUCAGUGCUCGUGUUACUACCAGGGCUCAUAUUUGAACCCACUGGAUGUUAUCCACAAACAAGAUGAGCGUUGCACUUGCCACCAUGGAAAACUUAUUUGCACUAUACACGCCCCCGAAGGAUGUCCUGUGGGAAAAGUCUAUUAUGACUGUAACAAACAAAAAAGCGCCCCCAUCCAUAGGAGCUGCAAGACCCUUGGUGCUGAAUAUUUCCAGACAGAGUGUAUCUCGGGAUGUGUUUGCCCUGAUGGACUUCUAGAUGAUGGGACUGGUGGUUGUGUUCCUGAGGCAGGGUGCCCAUGUAUCCACAAUGAUGAUAUUUACGCCCAUGGGACUAAAGUCAAGGUGGAUUGUAACACAUGUCUUUGUCAAAGUGGACGAUGGACCUGUACCGAUGUUGUGUGUUAUGCAACAUGUUCAAUCUAUGGCAAUGGUCAUUACAUCACUUUUGAUGAGAAAUAUUAUGACUUUGAUGGAAAUUGUGAGUUUGUAGCUGCACAGGAUUAUUGCGGUCCUAACCACUCUACUGGAAACUUCAGCGUCAUCACAGAGAACAUCCCAUGUGGCACUACAGGAGUUACAUGUUCCAAAUCCAUCAAGGUUUUUCUUGGGGAUAAAGUAUUACAAUUAUCAGAUAAACACUUAGUGGAAACUGAAGGCCAAGGUGGAAAACACGUGAGGUACCUGACCCGUGAAGUUGGUAUUUACCUGGUCAUUGAGACAAACAAUGGUAUUCUUUUGAUCUGGGACAGAAAGACCACAAUAUUCAUCAAGGUGUCACCUGCAUACAAGGGAAAAAUGUGUGGCUUGUGUGGAAACUUUGAUCAGAAUUCACAAAAUGACUAUACAACCAGCCACUUGUUACAAGUGAAUGAUGUGCUGGAGUUUGGAAACAGCUGGAAAGUUGACUCUAACUGUCCUGAUGCAACAGAGGUGAUCAACCCCUGCAGUCAGAACCCACAUCGCAAGGCCUGGGCUGAGAAGCAGUGUGGAUUAAUCAAAAGUGAUGUCUUCAAAGUUUGUCACAGCAAGGUGGAUCCAAAACCAUUCUUUGAAGCUUGUGUGAUUGACUCUUGCUCCUGUGACAGCGGUGGAGACUGUGAAUGUUUCUGCUCUGCGGUAGCUGCCUAUGCUCAGGAAUGCACCAAAGCUGGAGCCUGUGUCUUCUGGAGAACACCAGACGUAUGCCCCAUAUUUUGUGACUACUACAACCCUAUAGAUGAAUGUGAGUGGCAUUAUCACCCUUGUGGCUACCACAACAUAAAGACCUGCCGUUCUAUCAACAAUGUCUAUACUAAUGUCACCGUUACCUACCUGGAAGGCUGCUACCCAACAUGCCCUGAAGACAAACCUAUUUUUGAUGAGUCAAAGAUGAUUUGCGUGACGGCAGAACUAUGUGGUUGUUACAUUAACGAUACCCACUAUGAGAAUGGGGAUAAAGUGCCCAGUAAUGAGAAUUGUCACUCUUGUGUAUGUACCCCAGAAGCAAAGGUUGAAUGUGUCUACAACCAGUCAGAAUGUGCCUGUAUUAUCAAUGGCACAAUAUAUGAAGAAGGAGACAUCAUAUCCAGUGUUGAACAUUCUGGAGUAUGUUAUAUAAUAAGAUGUGUGAAUGGCACACCGAAGGAAGAGUUUGAUGUCUGCUCCUCUACUGUACCUACCACUACAUCCAUUACCACCACUCCCACUACACCAACAACAACAACAACAGUCACUACCACAUCUACAAUAAGCAGUCCCCCCUCAACAACCUGUGUUUAUGAAACAGUAUGCAAAUGGACCCAGUGGUUUGAUGUCAGCAAGCCAGAAAAUGAUCCGGACAGUGGCGAUUUUGAAACCUAUGAUGAGAUAAGAAAACAUCACACAUUCUGUAGUGUGCCUGACCAGAUUCAGUGCAGAGGGGUUAAUAACCCUGAUGUCAGCUUGGAUGAUUUACAACAGACUGUUCACUGCAAUGUAUCGUUUGGGCUAAUCUGCCGGAACAGCGAGCAAAAUCUAUUUGACACCCCCUGGCAGAAGUGCUACAACUACGAGGUCCGAAUGGACUGCUGUGAGAUUGUGUGUGUCCAUUCAACAGCUCCAACUCCCACUACAACUCCUACCACCACAACUCCCACUACAACUCCUACCACCACAACUCCUACCACCACAACUCCUACCACCACAACUCCUACCACCACAACUCCUACCACCACAACUCCUACCACCACAACUCCUACCACCACAACUCCCACUACAACUCCUACCACCACAACUCCUACCACCACAACUCCCACUACAACUCCUACCACCACAACUCCCACUACAACUCCUACCACCACAACUCCCACUACAACUUCGACUACCACCACCAUCACAACUUUACCUACACCUACACCUACAGUCUGUGAUCUGAACUGCAACUGGACACAAUGGUUUGAUGUCAGUUACCCGAAAUCUGGACCAGGUGGAGUGGAUAAUGAGACUUAUGUGAACAUCAGAAAUCUCGGCUAUGAAUUUUGUGAGAAGCCAGAGGAGAUUGAAUGCAGAACAGACAGAUUACCAGAUACACCACUGGAAGACUUGGGGCAGAAAGUGACCUGUGAUGUCUCCACGGGCCUUGUGUGUGAAAACAAAGACCAGACAUUUCCACCAGUGUGCUACAAUUAUCAGAUCAGAGUCUGCUGUCCACCUGACAUUCCUGAUUGGUGUAUAUCAACUCCCAAGCCCACUACAACUAAAACAACACCACCUACUACUACUACAACAACAUCACCACCUACAACUACUACAACAACACCACCUACAACUACUACACCACCUACAACUACUACAACUACUACAACACCAACUACACCACCUCCAACUACUACAACAACACCACCUACAACAACUACACCACCUCCAACUACUACAACAACACCACCUACAACAACGACAACUACUGCAACAACUACACCACCUACAACUACUACAACAACACCACCUACAACAACGACAACUACUGCAACAACUACACCACCUACAACUACUACAACACCUACACCACCUUCAACUACUACAACAACACCACCUACAACAACGACAACUACUGCAACAACUACACCACCUACAACUACUACAACACCUACACCACCUUCAACUACUACAACAACACCACCUACAACAACGACAACUACUGCAACAACUACACCACCUACAACUACUACAACACCUACACCACCUUCAACUACUACAACAACACCACCUACAACAACGACAACUACUGCAACAACUACACCACCUACAACUACUACAACACCUACACCACCUUCAACUACUACAACAACUACACCACCACCUACAACUACUACAAUAACAACAACACCACCUACUACAACAACUACACCGCCUACAACUACUACUACAAGGUCUACAACUACUACAACUGAAAGUACAACGUCCACAUCUACUCUAUCAAGCACCACCCUUUCUCCAACAACAGUCUGUGAUCUGAACUGCACCUGGACAAAAUGGUUUGAUGUCAGUUACCCGAGACCUGGACCAAAUGGAGGAGAUUAUGAGACUUAUGUGAACAUCAGAAAUGCUGGCUAUGAAUUUUGUGAGAAGCCAGAGGAGAUUGAAUGCAGAACAGACAGAUUACCAGAUACACCACUGGAAGACUUGGGGCAGAAAGUGACCUGUGAUGUCUCCACGGGCCUUGUGUGUGAAAACAAAGACCAGACAUUUCCACCAGUGUGCUACAAUUAUCAGAUCAAAGUCUGCUGUCUACCUGACAUUCCUGAUUGGUGUAAAUCAACCACCAAGCCCACUACAACUAAAACAACAACAACUACUACUACUACUACUACUACAACACCACCACCACCUCCAACUACUACAACAACACCACCACCUCCAUCUACUACAACAACACCACCACCUCCAACUACUACAACACCUACAACUACAACACCUUCAACAACUACAACACCACCUACUACUACAACAACACCACCUCCAACUACUACAACAACACCACCUACAACUACUACAACACCUACAACUACAACACCUACAACUACAACACCUUCAACUACUACAACAACUACACCACCACCUUCAACUACUACAACAGCUACAACACCACCUACAACUACUACAACAGCUACACCAACACCUACAACUACUACAACAACUACACCACCACCUUCAACUACUACAACAGCUACACCACCACCUCCAUCUACUACAACACCUACAACUACAACACCUUCAACAACUACAACACCACCUACUACUACAACAACACCACCUACAACUACUACAACACCUACAACUACAACACCUACAACUACAACUACAACACCUUCAACUACUACAACAACUACACCACCACCUUCAACUACUACAACAGCUACACCACCACCUUCAACUACUACAACAGCUACACCACCACCUUCAACUACUACAACAGCUACAACACCACCUACAACUACUACAACAACUACACCACCACCUUCAACUACUACAACAGCUACACCACCACCUUCAACUUCUACAACAGCUACACCACCACCUUCAACUACUACAACAGCUACACCACCACCUUCAACUUCUACAACAACUACACCACCACCUUCAACUACAACAACACCACCUACUACAACAACUACACCACCACCUUCAACUACUACAACAACAACAACACCACCUACUACAACAACUACACUGCCUACAACUACUACAACGUCUACAACUACUACAACUGAAAGUACAACGUACACAUCUACUCUAUCAAGCACCACCCUUUCUCCAACAACAGUCUGUGAUCUGAACUGCACCUGGACACAAUGGUUUGAUGUCAGUUACCCGAAACCUGGACCAAAUGGAGGGGAUUAUGAGACUUAUGUGAACAUCAGAAAUGCUGGCUAUGAAUUUUGUGAGAAGCCAGAGGAGAUUGAAUGCAGAACAGACAGAUUACCAGAUACACCACUGGAAGACUUGGGGCAGAAAGUGACCUGUGAUGUCUCCACGGGCCUUGUGUGUGAAAACAAAGACCAGACAUUUCCACCAAACUGCUACAAUUAUCAGAUCAAAGUCUGCUGUCCACCUGACAUUCCUGAUUGGUGUAAAUCAACCACCAAGCCCACUACAACUAAAACAACACCACCUACUACUACUACAACAACAUCACCACCUACAACUACUACAACAACACCACCACCUCCAACUACUACACCACCUAUAACUACUACAACAACAACACCACCACCUACAACUACUACAACACCUACAACUACAACUACAACACCUUCAACUACUACACCACCUACUACUACAACAACACCACCUACAACUACUACUACACCACCUCCAACUACUACAACAACACCACCACCUACAACUACUACAACAUCUACAACUAUAACACUCACAACUACAACUGCAACACCUUCAACUACUACAACAACUACACCACCUACUACUACAACAACACCACCUACAACUACUACACCACCUCCAACUACUACAACAACACCACCACCUACAACUACUACAACAUCUACAACUACAACUGCAACACCUUCAACUACUACAACAACUACACCGCCUACUACUACAACAACACCACCUACAACUACUACACCACCUACAACUACUACGACACCAUCUACUUCAACAACAACACCAUCACCACCUUCAUCUACUACAACAACAACACCACCUACAACUACUACGACACCAUCUACUUCAACAACAACACCAUCACCACCUUCAUCUACUACAACAACAACAACGCCAUCACCUCCAUCUACUACAACAACAACCACAGUGACCCCAACUCCUACUCCAACAACAGCAUACACAUCCAAUCCAACUACAAGCAAAGUAACUUCUAUCACUACUACUACAAUUACUCCAAGCACCACAACAUGUACCACAGAGGAACCUGAGGAAACAACACCUGUUACCUCAGAAACCACUACAACUAAAGUAACUACUACUUCCACUAAGCCUACUUCAACAGUUCCGACAACAACUGAAACAGUGACCACUACCACUUCUGUAUCCACGCCACCUCCUACUACUACUACUACAACUAGUUCUACUACACCUUGUGUGUGUAAUUACGAUGGGGUAACAAAGCCUCCAGGUCCUGUGACUGAUGGGCAACUUAAUGAAACAAUGUGCUUCAUAGUGGUUUGCUAUCCAAACUGUGAAAUAGGUUUGGAGACAAUUAUUUGCAACACAACAACUACUCCCACACCAACCCCUACUACAACUACCACAACACCUACCACAACCACAACUGAACCCACAACAACAACAACAACAGAAACCCCUACUACAACAAAAUCCACAACAACUACUACCACACCUACUACAACACCCACCACAACCACAACGGAAUCCACAACAACACCAACACCAACAACCACUACUACAACUACCACAACACCUACCACAACCACAACUGAACCCACAACAACAACAACAACAACAGAAACCCCUACUACAACAAAAUCCACAACUACUACCACACCUACUACAACACCAACCACAACGGAAUCCACAACAACACCACCACCAACAACCACUUCUACAACUACUACCACAGCUACUACAACACCCACCACAACUGAAUCCACAACAACAACAACAACAACAACAGAACCCCCUUCUACAACAGAAUCCACAACAAUCACUACUACAACUACUACUACAACCCCCACCACAACCACAACCACAACAACAGAAACCCCUACGACAACCAAAUCCACAACAACACCAACAACUACUACAACACCAACCACAACUACAUCCACACCACCAACCCCUACUACAACAACUACUAUAUCAUCAACCACACAAAAACCUGGCUGCCCAUUUGACCCCCCUCGUGAGCCUAAUGAAUCUUGGAUGCUGUGUAACUGCACCAUGGCAAUAUGUCUUGAAAACAACACAGUACAGAUCGUUGAACUGAAGUGUGAACCCCCACCUAAAAUAACAUGUGCCAGUGGGUUAGAACCAAUAGCUGUAGUAGACGAUGACUUAUGUUGCUGGCACUGGGAGUGUGACUGUUAUUGCAUGGGUUGGGGUGACCCCCAUUAUAUCACAUUUGAUGGCACCUACUACAGCUAUCAAGGAAACUGCACAUAUACUCUAGUGGAAGAGAUUACAAAGAAGAUUGAUAAUUUUGGAGUAUACAUCGAUAAUUAUGACUGUGCAGCUAUAGACCGAGUAUCUUGUCCACGUGACAUCAUUGUCCGUCAUGAAUCUCAGACAAUACGCAUUGCUUUAAAGACCGCAAUACCUAUCAGCCUACAGGUUACUGUAAACGAUGUGGUUGUAGCAAUCCCCUUUAAAAAGUAUGGAGUGUCUGUGUAUAAAUCUGGAAUCAAUUAUGUGGUCGAAAUUCCAGAAUUGAAGGCUAAUAUCACAUACAACGGCAUGGACUUCUCUGUCAAACUACCAUAUCAUCUUUUUGGAAACAAUACGCAGGGACAGUGCGGUACUUGCAACAACAAUAAAGAAGAUGACUGUCUGACAAAAAGCGGUGAAAUUGUAUCAAACUGCGAAGUUAUGGCAGAUUCUUGGGUUGUAGAAGAUCCAAGAAAACCUACAUGUGGCAGUCUGAGACCCACAAUUCCACCCAAAGUCACCCAGGCUCCUUGCAAACCAUCUCCACUAUGCGAACUCAUCUUGGGAACGACAUUCCAGAAAUGCCACAGUGCUCUGCCUCCAAAUAAUUUCUACCAGGCUUGUAAUUUUGACAGUUGCCAUGUACCCGACUCCGACAUAGAAUGUAGCAGUUUGCAGCAAUACGCUCAGCUCUGUGCAAGUCAGGGAGUCUGCAUUCAAUGGAGAGAUAAAGCUCCAGAAUGUUCUAUUACUUGCCCAUCACACAAAGUCUACAAUGCAUGUGGAGCAGCUGUACCAAUUACAUGCGAAUCUACUCCGGAAGAGAUUGAACAAAUGCAGAAUGAUAAACAUUUGGUUGAAGGAUGCUUCUGUCCAUUCGGUACCAAGCCUUUCAGUCCUAGUGUGGAUGUCUGUGUAUCUACCUGUGGAUGCGUUGGACCAGACAAUGUGCCAAGAGAGUAUGGAGAGGUGUUCCAGUUUGACUGCCAGGACUGUGUCUGUAGAGAAGGUGGCAGUGGCAUCAUUUGCCAAGAACAUAAAUGUCCCAUGCUGAAGAAUAUCAAGUGUGAGCUGGAAGGUUUCUACCCCAAAACCCAGAGAAACCCCAAUGAUGCUUGCUGUCAGGAGUCUACAUGCCAGUGUGACCCCAGUAAAUGCACAAAUAAAUCUCCCAACUGUGGACUUGGAUAUGAAGCUAUCGGUGGAAUUCCAGAUGGACACUGUUGCCCCAUAUAUCAAUGCGUCCGGAAGAAAGUCUGUGUACAUGGAAGUGCAGAAUACUUGCCCGGCGCUCCAGUGCUCUCUGACAUGUGCCAGACCUGCGUGUGCGCAGAGAAUGCCACUGCAGUUGCAGGAGUUGAGAUAAAAUGCACAGCAGUGUCUUGCAGUAAAUCAUGCCCACUGGGCUUUGAGUUGAAGACGAGCACAACCGAUUGCUGCGGUGAUUGUGAACAAACUCAUUGCGUCGUCGAAGAUAAUAAUAAUUUGAUUCUGUUGAAGCCUCAGGAAUCAUUGCGUGCACAAGAUGACAACUGUACAUUCUACACCUGCACUCAAAUCAAAACAAGUUUCAUUUCAUCCACCUCACAUAUUAGUUGCCCAUCCUUUAAAGAAGAAGAUUGUGAACCUGGCACAAUUCAAGUUUUACCUGAUGGCUGCUGUAAGAUAUGUAUUGAAAAGAGCAAAUCUUGUGAGCUGCACGUAGAACAUAACUACAUGACUUUCAAUAACUGCCGAUCAAUAGAUUUUGUGAAGAUAACGCGGUGUGAAGGGACCUGCAACACCUAUUCAAUGUACUCAGCAGCUGCCAAAGAAAUGUCACAUAAGUGUUCCUGUUGCCAGGACGUGCAGACCGCCAAUAAACAUGUGACGCUGAGGUGCGAUGAUGGAAGUCUAGUGGAUCAUGAAUAUGUUGAAGUGCAAGACUGUAACUGUGUCAGCACUGCGUGUGGAUUGCCCCCGACAUUGGAAGAACAUUCACCUGUCAAAGCUCGCCGCUCCAUACGGCAAAGCAGACAAACCUUAACUUAAAUAACCUAUACACAGGCAAAUGUAACUUAACUGUACUGCCAUAUCUAUAAUUUUCCUGUAUGUAAACUGAAUGUGUUUGUCUUUCCUCUUUAAGAAUAAAGCACUUAUAUUAAA